GGUCAACUGUCAGCUGCCUGUCAAAAAUCUUCAAAUCAUAGUUAAAAUGGCGGCCGUAACAGCACAACAACAAAAUGUUACCGAUUAUUUAUCGAAAAAACAGAAAGAAAGCUCCAAAGACUUGGUGAACGAGUGGGCCACGUUGGAGGAACUACACAACAAAAGAUUAUGGCACCAGCUAACCUUAAAACUACUGGUCCUAAUAAAGAAACCAGAACUUCAAAAAGGAGACCACUUAAUACAGUUGUACAACAAUUUCAUACAGACUUUUGAAAACAAAAUAAACCCCCUUUCUUUGGUGGAAAUUGUUGCAAUCGUAAUAGAACAGUUUAAAGAACCUAAAGAGGCCAUUGCUUUCUUGGAAAAGACUGAGCCCAAGGUGAAAAUCAGUUCUGAUGCCCAAAAUCUCUGCAAAGUUUUGGCUGGCCAAAUUUAUUUGGAAAAACUGAAUGACCUAGAAGCAACCAAGAAGAUUAUCGAGGAAGUAGAAGAAACCUUGGAUAAUGCCGACGGUGUUACCCCUGUCCAUGGUAGAUAUUAUUUGUUGGCUUCGCAGUAUUAUCGGAUUCAAGGGGAUCAUGCUCAGUACUAUAGAACUGCUUUAAGGUAUUUAGGAUGUAUCGAUGUAGAAACCUUGACCGAAGAAACCAAGAUGCAACAUGCAUUCUUUUUAGGAUUGGCUGCACUAUUAGGCGAAGGUGUUUAUAAUUUGGGAGAACUACUAGCUCAUCCCAUAUUAAAGUCCCUGAAUAACACUGAAAACUCUUGGCUUGUGGAGCUCCUUUUUGCUUUCAACUCCGGUGAUAUCAACAAGUUUGACCAAAUGAAGUCAAAAUGGGGCACCAUAGCUGACCUGGCCGCCCAAGAGUUAUUUUUAAGGCAGAAAAUUUCUUUGUUGUGCCUUAUGGAGAUGACUUACAAGAGACCCUCGCACAAUAGACAGUUAACAUUUGCAGAGAUCUCGAGAGAAACAAAAUUGCCCAUCAAUGAAAUUGAGUUGCUUGUGAUGAAGGCUCUGUCGCAAGGUUUGGUUAAAGGAUCUAUAGAUCAGGUUGCCAGUACCGUAAACAUGACCUGGGUCCAACCAAGAGUCCUGGAUCGCUCCCAAAUCUCCACAAUGGUGGAAAGGUUGAACGAGUGGUGCACCCACGUGGCCACCAUGGAGAAAUUAAUCGAAGGGCAAGCGAGCGAAAUACUUACUUGGUAAAAUCAUAUAAAAACGUAUAUAUUUAUGGAAUUUAUUAAUCUGUAACCGUUUAUGAAUAAACUAAUCUUUAUAAGG